AUACGCGAUUUAAAAAGCCACAGAGGGGUUGAGGCUUAAAGGUGUGAAUUUUCGUGGGUUGUUUUUUUUAAUGGCGGAAGUAGAGAAGCAAGCGAAACUUGUUGUAAAUGGAAGUAAAAAGGGAGAAGGAGAAGAAGAAGAAGAAGAAGAAGAAGAAGAAGAGGCGCUGUUGGAAGGAAUGGCGGUGUUGGAAGGAAUGGCGGUGUUGGAUUUCGACGUGCUAUGUUCGACGGUGGCUUUGCAAACCCAGGGAAAAUGGAGCAAACUCGAAACCGCCGAGGAUCCUUUAGAACAUGGAAGCGGCGAAUUCGGUGGCGUCUUCAGGAUGUGGGAAGGUGAAGUUGUUCUCGAUUUCUUGGAUGAUCGCCGUCUCGCUCUCGAAUCUGCCUGUUGUCCCUGCUACAGAUUUGGGAAGAACAUGCGGCGGGCUGGUUUUGGGUUUUGUUUUCUUCAGGGAACUAUUUAUUUCAUCCUCAUAGCUACUGCUAUUCUCAACUUUGUUGCCUUUAUCUUCACCAAGCGGAAUUGCUUUCUGUAUUUGGGUGUUGCUUUCAUCAUGUCUGUUGGAGCAUAUCUGGGUUUCUUCCGUACACAGAUAAAAGGAAAAUUCAAUAUUAGGGGCAGUGAUAGUUUAUUGGAUGAUUGCGUCUACCAUCUUAUCUGCCCUUGCUGUACGCUAUCCCAGGAGUCUAGAACAUUGGAGAUGAACAAUGUCCAAGAUGGUACAUGGCACGGUCGUGGUGAUAUAUGCAUAGGAAGUUAUGCUGAAGGCCGAAAACCGCACUUUGAGCUACACCCUCCUCCUCCUAUGUCAAUUAAGACGGCUGAGGCACAAAAUAGUUUAAAUGGCAAUGGUAAUCAUGAGAAGCUUUACCGGGAAGAUAUAGAUUGAUAUCGGCUACAACAGUGAAUUACCAACAUCCCUGAAUUUAUUCUUUGAUGGAGGGACGUUGCACAAGCAGAACAGAGAGCAAAGUUUUUUCAGCUUGGAAUGUCGCAUCCUGCAAGAACGAUGAUCCGUUUUAUUCGAGAAGCAUACCGGUGUUUCCAUGUGCAUAAAAAGGAAACUAGUUGUAGUAGUCUGAGGGAGAUUUUAGGAUAUCCAAUCCAACUUUUAGUUUUCUCACAUAGACUUUGAGGCAAUGUCGUCCUUUCAUCUUUACCUAGAUUGAUUAGAUAACACCUUAUUCAUCGUAACUGUUCUUGAUGCUUCUCUGAAAUGUAUAUUAUCUUUAUUUUAA